AUGCCAGUAGCCGACAUACUCAAGGGGAAGUAUCCCGCCAAAGGGCAUGUCCGGCGCGUGAUCGACUAUAUCCGGUCCAGAGUAUCUCAUUCAAAGGGCUUCCUCUUCCUGACAGGUCCUCCAGAAAGGUUCUACGAUGAUGCAGACCUGGCUAUUCCGUUUCGCCAGCGGAGAGCCUUUAUGUACCUGAGUGGUGUUGACAUUCCCGAUUGCCACAUGAUAUAUGAGAUUGACAAUGAGCGCAUAACACUCUUUGUACCAACCCUCGACCCUGAAAGUGUUCUCUGGCCCGGCAUGCCCUUGACCACUGAGGAAGUCCUUGGCAACCUCGACGUCGACGCUGUCUUGCCAAAUACCGAUCUUCAGACGACACUUGACUUGAUCGGAAGCAACAAGCAUGAAGACGAGAGUACAUUCUUUACCAUCUCUGGCCAUGUGGGACAUGGGAUCAACUUUCCGGGCGGAAUGACCGUGGACUCGACUAUCCUCAAAGAAGAGAUUGACGAGUGUCGGGUGGUCAAGGAUGAAUACGAGAUUGCAUUGAUCAAAAAGGUAAACACCAUCAGCUCAGCAGCUCAUCUAGCCGUCAUCAAAUCUGUCACAAAGUGCAAGAAUGAGUCGGAGAUUGAUGGUGUAUUUCUGGGAGAGUGCACCAAGAGAGGGACCAAAGUCCAAGCCUAUCCACGCAUUGAUGCAAGCGGACGCACAGCUGCCACAAUGCACUACGAAGCCAACAACCAGGAUCUCUACAAAGACGGCAAGGCCAAAGACGUGGUGGUUAUUGACGCCGGAGCCGAAUGGAACUGCUAUGGUGCGGAUAUCACUCGAACUCUACCCAUUUCUGGCAAGUUUACUCCUGAAUCUCGUUCAAUUUACGAAAUUGUUCUCAAGAUGCAGGAAGUUUGCAUUGCUUCUUUGAAGGGGGGUGUUCUGUGGGAUGAUUUCCAUGUGUUGGCACACAAGAUUGCUAUUGAUGGCCUCUUGGCGCUCGGCAUCUUGAAAGGGGAUAAGGAUGAGAUUCUGGCUGAAAGAAUCAGCACCGCUUUCAUGCCACAUGGUCUCGGUCACUUCUUAGGCAUGGAUACGCAUGAUACAGGUGGUCGACCCAACGAGGCUGAUCCAGAUCCCAUGUUCAAAUAUCUGAGAGUGAGGAGACGUCUCCCUGCGGGAUGCGUACUGACGGUCGAGCCAGGUAUUCACUUUAGCCCACAUAUGAUCCGUCCGUAUCUCAACGACCAAAGGGUCUCGCAAUACAUUGAUGAAAAGGUACUUGACAACUACUGGGAUGUUGGCGGCGUAUGCAUUGAGGAUGAUCUUGUGGUUACUCGGAAUGGCAGCGUGAAUCUUACCGAUGUGCCCAAAGAUCCAGACGAGUUGGAGGCUAUCAUGUCGAACACAAGUAUGAAAACUUAA